AUGUGGGCUUACACCGUGGGCUUCACCGUCCUGCCCCACGUGGGAGGGUUCCUUGGCUGGUUCCUGAACAGGAAGGAGAUCCCAGCGUGGUACGAGAAGCUGAAAAAGCCUUCGUGGUGCCCGUCCCGCAGAGUGUUCCCCGUGGCCUGGACCAUGCUGUACACGGGCAUGGGCUACGCCUCCUACCUGGUGUGGAACGACCUGGGGGGCUGCAGCAGCAAGGCCAUCGUCCCCAUGGGGCUCUACGGGGCUCAGCUGCUGCUCAACUGGGCAUGGCCACCCCUGUUCUUCGGUGCCCACAACCUCAACAUGGCUGUGAUCGAUGUGCUGUGCCUGGACGGGCUGGCCCUGGGCACGUUCUGCUCCUGGUACCGCAUCAACCGGCUGGCAGCGCUGCUGCUGCUGCCCUACCUGGGCUGGCUGGCCAUGGCCACCUGCCUCACCAUCCGCAUCUGGAAGGACAACCCCCAGCUGAAAUCGGGCAAGAGCGACUAA